UUUAUCAGCUCCAUACCUCUGCAUGUGAGUAAAUGUCUUACACCUGCAUCACUUUCCUACAUUAAGCUGACACGUGAUAUAACUGAAAUACUGUUCAAAGCGGCGUCAAACCCGACUCACUCAACCACUCUUACUGUUGUUCAGGAUUACCAAAACAUAUCAUUCAGCCAUGGUAGCCAUAUUAGAAUACUAUUAAAUAUGUUUUGGGACAUACGAUGAAACUGAAAAUUUUAAGAUAGUUUAAAGAGUGCAGAUAUUAAGGAUCAGGUGGAAUUGGCGUUGAUGCUAAAAUCAGGAAUUUCUUUCAGGUUAAGACGUGGAUAACGCUAAAUGAACCCAAUACAAUGGCAAUGUAUGGAUACGAGUUGGGUCAUCAUGCCCCUGGGAUUACAGGUCAAGGCUACAAAGCCGCACACAACAUGAUCAAGGCACACGCUGCAGCAUACAACAUCUACCAGAAGGAAUUUCAGGACAGUCAAAAUGGACAAGUGGGGCUAGCAGUAGAAACCUCAUGGGCUCUGCCAAGGUCACAAAGCCUCCCUGGUGACUGGGCCGCUCAAGACCGGAAGUUUGCCUUCGACUUUGAUUGGUUCGUUGACCCAGUGCUGCUGGACGGAGAGUACCCGGAUGUCAUGAGGAGAGAAGUGUCUCUCAGAAGCAGAGAACAGAAUCUUUUCCAGUCCCGGCUUCCGGUGUUUACAGACGUAGAGAGGAACAUGAUCAGAGGUUCGGCCGACUUCCUCGGCAUCAGCUACUACACCACCAACCUAGUGGAGGAGCGUCGUCACAACGACGACACCGCCCAACCCUCCAUCAUUGACGACAGGGCUAUCACGGAGUCGGUGAACGCAUCAAUGACAAGUACUAACUCUCCUUGGCUUCACGUGUACCCCAAGGGAAUCAGGAUGGUACUGAGAAGGGUCAAACAGCGGUAUGGUAACAUCCCCGUCUAUGUUACCGGUAACGGCGUAUCAGACAAGCCAGGCACAACUGAUGACACGGAUAGAGAGGAGUACAUGAAGUCCCACACCAAUGAAGUGCUGAAAGCUCUACAACUCGACGGCGUAGACGUCCGUGGCUACAUGGCCUACUCCCUCAUCGACAUUUUCGAGUGGAAUGACGGCUACAGCGUUGCGUUUGGCCUCUACUACGUCAAUUUCACCGAUCCUAACCGUGCACGGCAAGCCAAAACAUCGUCAGUGUAUUACCGUAGCCUCAUCAGAGACAACGGAUUCUUCAAACCCACGACGCCAGUGAUCACAACCACCUCAAAGCCAAAGGUCAUCAUCCGUCACGAAUGUCCACCAUCAUCAACAGUCGUUGUGAUGACCUCGCCUAUAUGCCUAUUGACUAGUGUUAUUGUUAUGUUGUUCAUGUAUCAUAAAUAACAUUGAGCGUUAUAAAGGAAAUGUACAUUGAUAGUUAUCUUGGCCAGUUUAUGCAGUGUCAAGUUACGCGUGUCAGGUCUAAAACCACAUAUUGUCGUUUAUUUGAAUUACUGCUAGAAGAAUCUGUUUUAAAAUAACCUAUUUGUUGAUUAAUAUAAUUUUUUAUGAAGACCUAGUCAUAUUUAAGAGAUAUUAGAUUGGUUCGAUGCACAAACGAACCUAUGGUAUGUUGUGUGAACCGAUGCACAUGAAACAUCACAUGUGACGUCAUAGAUCCAUGACUCGAGAUGCACCAUUUGUCUCGUGCAGGAUAAGUGUGUAAAGUUUUGAAAUCACGUGCAGGAUAUGGUGAUCAGAAUAAAGACACUGUGUGGUAACACUGACUGAUAGUUAGUUUUGUCAUUAAUUGGUACACAUUGGAAACAUCUCUUCUUAACGUACAUACAUGUACUUCUCUAUACAUGUAUGAUUCUAUAGUUCGCGUUUCUUUUGGCGGUGAGUAUAUAGAUACAUAUGGGCAGGUUUCAAUGAAACAGUAAUACCUCUUCACGUCUUCUGUUCUGUAUGUCAGGAUGAUAACCAUUUAUUCAUAAUUUGUGUUUUUUAAUAAAAUCAGUAUGAAUAUAUUCUGUUCAGUACACAAAGAUAAGAUAUAAACGAUACGAUGACAAAUGACAGUUACAGUCAAUAUGUGCUGUUUUAUGUGUUUGA